CAGUUCAGUCUGCAGAAAUCUCAGUGUAUAAAGUAUUUCUCUGCAUUCUACUUACCUUAGCAGGAAUAUCCGUUCCACUGCAGGUUUAAUUUGCCCUUUAGAGGCCAUGGAUAUAGCACUGAGCCUGUGCUGGCUGUUCCUAGCCUUCCCCCAUAUGGCUGAAACUCUCCUGUCUGAUAACUUUAAAGAGUGUAAAAGUUUUUUCUACAAAAAAGAGCUCCCCUCAGGAUUUCAGGAAAUAACCGAAGAACCGGAUUAUAUCUGCCAGCAGUAUAAAAACAAAAUUUACUUUGCAACCCUGUAUGAUAAAGAGAAGCGCAUCCCCCUGUAUUCUGCUUAUAUCAUGGGCAAGAACCUAAAAAAGAAUCACAAGAGCAGAACAUCCUCAUUCAAUGUAGAACCCCAGCUGGUUGACAAAAGCCUGCCGGGUAACAUGCUCCCUGAGACCCAAACUGACAUCUCUAUCUCUAAAUAUAAGAAAAUUACAAGGAAGAAAGCAUCUGAUCUGCUGAGCCAGAGCCAAGCCAUUAAAGCUGAUUACAAAGGAAGAACAUAUACAACAGGGACCCUCAGUCCCAGCGGGCACCACGCGGACUCCAACAGCCGGCACGCCAGUCUCACCCUGACCAAUGUGGCACCAAUGACUAAAGAACUGAACAAUAAGAUAUGGGACAAAUACGAGACUGAAAUGAUUACGAUCACUAAUGAGUUUAAAUGUGCCACCAUGUACGUGGUUACCGGCACUGUGCCAGGCAGUGAAUGGGUUAAUCAUAAUAACAAUAAGCGAGUGAAUAUUCCCAGCCACGUGUGGAGCGCUUACUGUUGCACCGAGAAAAAUGGCCAGCCGAUAAAGUCCGGGGGAGGAAUAGCUCCUAAUGAUAAAUCAGCUGAAAACAUUGAAGCAAAAACAAUCUCUGAACUUGAGGAAGAGCUUAGUAAUCAAAAUACCAAUAUAAAAAUAUUCAAAGAUGACUGUGCAGCAAAUGAAUAACGGUGGUAAGUGAGGACUGGGUCCAGACGCAAAUCUAGUUUUGGAUCUACUUACCCAAAGCAAACUUGUGAAAACUUCCUGCUGAUUGGCUGCUAAAGCUGGUAUUAAAUUUCCCUGUAGAUUAAUAUCAUGGCAAAGCAGAACACUGACAAUAUAACCCCUCAGUGUAACAGCUGUAAUUCCCAAGCUUUAUACAACCCCAGUGGCUAUCACUGGGGCUCUUGGCAUCUAGCUAAUUAGCUUGCUUUAAACAGGUACCUGCCAAGUACAGGAUGGGAGCAGUACUGUGUGCUUUACUACAGUGCUGUGUGUCCAGGGGCAUUAAAUAUAAAGUUAAUUUAGAUUGCUGUAGACGUUACAUGUGAUUUGGCACUGUAUUUAUACUAUUAAGUGUCUUGGGAAUUAAAGGUGAAACUGGCACUGUAUUUUACUGCUAUGUGACCUAGAGGCUAUGCUGUGCUUUUAUGAACAAUAAAUUCAUAUUUACUUCC